CUUCCCCUUUCCUAAUGAAAAGAUUUCAGAUCAAUGUAGCCUUUCAUCAUAUGCAUAUUGGCCAUGGAAAGAUUUAAGUAGUCAAUUUUCAUCAUUUUGUCCUACAAAUUUAAUUUCAUCGUCACAAUGGGCCUAUGGUUUUAUUAGCAAUGCGAAACAAUCAUAUCUUUAUCAACAAAAUUCUUCAAAAUAUUACUAUGUUACUUUCUAUGAAGAUUAUCAAUCGUUAAAUGCUAAACUCGACUAUAUAAAAAAUAAUAAUUUAUUCGGAAUUGCGAUUGCAGACAUCACCAAAGAUUCGAAAGAUUUACAAUUGACGAACUUUAUUUUGGGAAUUCAACCUAAACCGAAGGGAAAUGGAACUACAGGCACCUUUCCAACUUUAUCCACAUCCACAUCAUCUACAUCUCAGUCAUCUCCGCCCAAUACAGGUGCAAUAGUGGGUGGUGUAAUAGGCUCCAUUAUUUUUGUUAGCGCAUUAGCAGCUGUUGGCUUCAUAUUGUAUCGAAGAAGGCACGGAACAAAAAUGUCCAAUCCACUUAUAGAUACAAAUAAUCAGGCUUGCUCUGAUACAAAUCCUCAGGUUUAUUCUGAUAUAAACCGUCAG